AUGGUGGAGGAGGGGCUGGGCCGGGGAGAAGGCGGAAGAGUGGCCGGGGAAGGCGGAGGCGGGCCCGGGGAAGGCGGAGGAGGGGCCGGGGGAAGGCGGAGGCCAGGCCGGGGGAAGGCGGAGGAGUGGCCGGGAGAAGGCGGAGGCGGGGCCGGGAGAAGGCAGAGGCGGCCCCGGAGGAUGGCGGAGGAGGGGCCGGGGAAGGCGGAGGAGGGGUCAGGAGAAGGCGGAGGAGGGGCCGAGGGAAGGCGGAGGAGGGGCCGGGGUAUGGCGAAGGAGGGGCCGGGGAAGGCGGAGGAGGGCCCGGGGGAAGGCGGAGGCGGGGCCGGGGGAUGGCGGAGGAGGGGCCGGGGAAGGCGGAGGAGGGGCCAUGAGAAGGCAGAGGAGAGGCCGGGGGAAGGCGUAGCCGGGGGAAGGCGGAGGCGGGGCCGGGGGAAGGCGGAGGCGGGGCCGGAGAAGGCGGAGGCGGGGCCGGGGGAAGGCGGAGGAGGGGCUGGGCAGGGGAAAGGCGGAGGCCGGGGAAAGGCGAAGCGGGGCCAGGGGAAGGCGGGGCCAGGAGAAGGCGGAGGAGGGGCGAGGCCGGGGGAAGGCGAGGCCGGGGGAAGGCGAGGCGGGCCCGGGCCAAGGCGGAGGCCGCUGUGUUGCUCUGUGGCCGCUGUGUUGAUCUGUGGCCGCGAGGUGGGGCUGUAG